AUGCGGGUGGCCAUGGAAGGCCAGAAUGUGAGUUUCCCCAACACCUUUGUCUUGGUGGGCUUCUCUGAUCUCCCAUGGCUGGAGAUGCCCCUCUUUGGGGUGCUUCUGCUCUCCUUCAUCCUCACAGUGAUAGGAAAUAGCUCCAUCAUCUUCCUGUCCCUGGUGGACCCUAGACUCCGAACACCCAUGUACUUCUUCCUAGACAACCUCUCCGUGUUGGAUCUCUGUGUCACGUACACCAUUGUCCCACAGCUGCUAAUCAACCUCUGGGGCCCAGAAAAGACCAUUGCCUCCUGGAGCUGCAUGGCACAGGCCUACCUCUACCAGUGGAUGGGCGGCACCGAAUGUGCCCUGCUGGCUGUCAUGGCUUUUGACCGCUAUGUGGCCAUCUGCUGUCCCCUCCGAUAUGUUCUCAUCAUGCAUCUCUGGGCAUGUGUGUGGCUGGCAGCUGUAUGCUGGGCCCUUGGCCUGGCCAAUUCUCUGGUUCAAACCACACUCACCCUCUACCUUACCCUUUGUGCAAAAAAUACGCUGGACCACUUCUUCUGCGAGGUGCCCGCUUUGAUUAAAUUGGCUUGUAGUGACACCACUGUGAAUGACCUGUCCCUAGCCUUGGGAGCCGUUCCUUUUGGAAUAGUGUCUCCUCUGACCGUGCUCACCUCCUACACCUUCAUUGCCAGGGCUGUGCUGAAGUUACCUUCAGCCAAGGAAAGGCGCAAGGCAUUCAGCACAUGCAGCUCCCACUUGCUCAUCGUCACCAUAUUCUUUGGUCCUGGUAUAUACACGUACCUCCAGCCUCCGGGCAACAACACGCAGUCCAAGUUCCUUUCCUUCUUCUACUGCGUCUUCACUCCAAUGCUCAAUCCACUCAUCUACACUCUGAGGAACAAGGAUGUGAAGGAAGCAUGGAGGAGGAUCCUAUCCUCCCAGGGAAGGAGGAAGUCUUUGAAAGCCAGAUGA